AAGAGAUCGAGGCUCCUAUCUGGUAUAGGACGGAGCUGAGCUUCUAGCAACGUACAGUGUAUCCGCCAUGAGUCCUUUCGGGGCGGUGAUCACGCCAGAAACCCUCAAGUACAUGUCCAAGUACCAGGGACGUGAGAUCACGCAGGUGGACUGCGCACGGGAGGCGAUGAGGCUGAUCCACGCGGAAGACAAGAACCUCAAGGCCGAGGACUCAGCGUGGGAGCUGAAGAAGAAGUUCGGCAACGGCGUGAGCACCAUGGUCCUCGUCUACAACGCCACCGGGGCCAGCCUGAGCCUGGUGGACGACGGGAAAGACUGGAUGGGCUCCGUCUACAGCUCGCCGAUCCCGGACACCUUCCACAACGGGCAGUGGAUCGCCUUCCUCCACGUCAAGCCCGGCUCGCUGGCGCAGGGCAGCCAGGCCGCCAGGGUGUUCCGCGGCAGGGACGUCGAUGGCCGGACUCGGGACUUCGUCGUCGCCUGGUACAUCCCGUGGGACAACAUACCGACACGAGCUUACACUGAAAUUGGCAGUGAAAACUACUUCAAGACUCGGUGGAGUAGUGUCAAAACGAGUCUAGGACAUUCAAGGAGAGUGACCCGUGCCAAGGACGAGAACUGUGCGUCAACUGUCAGCAUCGGUGGCUACACUACAGCCUUCUGCAUCGCAGUCCUACAACACCAGUUCCAGCCGCUGCCGGAAGAGCGCGAAUAAUCAAUCAAUCGAUCGAUCGAGUUUGCGAUCGUGUUACCUCCUAAAUAAAAGUUGUACACGCGAAGUACUACUCCAGUAUUUACAUGUAUGUUUCUAGCAGGUGUACGUACGCUACUCCUGAAUAAAUUGUGGUGCACGCAAUAAAUAAAUAAUUAAUGCUCCUGGAUAA